CAUCUACUUAGUAGCUUCAUUUGCAAAGGGUUACUGUGAAAAUGGCUUCCAAGAAAACCUCAGUACUGGCUUUAUUCAUCGUAUUCAACAUUCUCUUCUGCACCAUGGUGAGUGCAUGUGACACUUGCCAUAGCCCUAAACCGAAGCCGAAGCCAAAGCCAAAGCCAACACCAUGUGGCACUUGCCCUAGCCCUAAACCGAAGCCGAAGCCAAAGCCAACACCAAGCCCUUCUAAGGGAAAGUGCCCUAAAGAUGCCCUAAAGUUGGGUGUUUGUGCCAAUGUGCUUGGCAACUUGCUUGGCCUUGUGUUUGGCAACCCUCCAAUGGAACCAUGCUGCUCUCUCAUUGAAGGGCUUGUGGACCUUGAGGCCGCAGACUGCCUUUGCACCGCCAUUAAGGCUAACGUUCUGGGCAUUAACCUUAAUGUUCCACUUUGCCUCAGCCUUCUCCUUAAUGCCUGCGGUAAAAACGUUCCUUCUGGCUUCCAAUGCCUUUGAACAAUAAUUUAGCUUUUAAUUUGAUGUCAGCUAGAGAGUUGAGAAAGCUUCUUCUUCAAUUCUUCCUAGUUUGAAGUUAUAUAUUUCGGGUUUAAUUUCCUUUCUUGAAUGCACUGCUCGUGCAAUAUAAUUUGAUGUAUGUGUUCUCUUUUCUCUGCUUUCAUUUGCUGUGU